AUGGCAGAGAUUCGGAAUUCAUCCUCGAUGGAAAUCCAGGCGACAAGCCAAAUCGUCGACCUGAAAGGCGACGUCCCGGUCAACGAGCCGAAACCCAAGAAGGGCCUCGUUUCCGAAUCCUAUCAUCUUCAGAUCGGCGAUGAAGAUCCCACCGAGGAUGAACUCCAUGGUCCCAACGCCCUGCGCCGCAUCUCUGCUCCCAUUCCGUGGGCCGUCUACACAGUUGCCUUUGUCGAACUGUGCGAGCGUUUCUCCUACUACGGAACACAGGUGCUGUACUCCAACUUUGUGAACCAUUCCCUCCCGCUGCCAUAUCCCAAUGGACCCGCCGGGUCAAACCACAACACCGGCGCCGGCGGUGGCUCCUCUCAGGGCGUGUCCGGUGCCCUGGGCCAGGGUGUGGAGGUCGCAAACGGAAUUAACACCUUCAACACGUUCUGGUGCUACAUCAUUCCCCUCUUCAGCGCCUACGUUGCCGAUCAGUACUGGGGUCGUUACAAGACCAUCUGCUGGUCCAUCUUCUUCGCUAUUCUUGGUCACAUCAUCCUCGUGAUUUCCGCCAUUCCUCCAGUUAUCACUAACACGAACGCCUGCUUUGGUGUCUUCAUGCUCGGAGUGAUUAUCAUGGGAUUCGGCACUGGCGGUUUCAAGCCCAACAUCUCGGCCCUCGUUGUCGAGCAGAUUCCCGCUGUGAAUCUCAAGGUGCGCACCAUGCCUUCGGGCGAGCGUGUCGUUGUCGACCCGACCGUCACUCAGUCCCGCAUUUACCACUACUUCUACUUGUUCAUCAAUAUCGGAGCCUUGGUUGGACAGAUUGGGAUGGCAUAUGCGGAAAAAUAUGUCGGUUUCUGGCUGGCUUAUUUGCUGCCGACCAUCAUGUUCCUCACGACUCCCUUUGUGAUGUGGUGGGGUCGUAACCGUUACAUCCAGGCUCCUCCCCAGGGCUCUGUGACUUCCAAGGCUGUCAAGACUCUUUUCUAUGCUCUGGGUAACCGAUGGUCGUGGAACCCGGUCAGACUGUGGAAGCGCACUCAUGACGGCACCCUUUGGGAGACUGCUAAGCCCUCCAACAUUCCCCCUCAUCUGCGUCCGAAGUGGAUGACCUUUGACGAUGCGUGGGUCGACGAGGUACGCCGUGGUUUCGCCGCUUGUGCCGUCUUCUGCUACUACCCUCUGUACUGGCUGGCCUACGGUCAGUUGACCAAUAACCUGACCUCGCAGGCCGGUACCAUGGCACUGCAUGGCGUUCCCAACGAUGUAGUCAACAACCUGGACCCCUUCGCACUGAUCAUCUUUAUCCCAAUCUGCGACAUCUUCUUGUAUCCAGCUCUCCGUCGCGCAGGAAUCCGCUUCACAGCCAUCCGGAAGAUCUUCUUUGGAUUCAUGCUCGCCGCCUUUGCCAUGGUCUGGGCCGCUCUUGUCCAGCACUACAUCUACAAGACUUCGCCCUGCGGUCACGAGGCAAACAACUGCUACAAUCAAGACGGCAGCAUCAAGAACGCCCCACUGAAUGUCUGGGUCCAGACUGGUAGUUACGUCCUUAUCGCCUUUUCCGAGAUUUUCGCCUCCAUCACCUCCCUUGAAUACGCCUACUCCAAGGCUCCUCGCAAUAUGCGUUCCCUCAUCCAGGCUAUCUGUCUUUUCGCAAAUGCUAUCUCCGCCGCUAUCGCCGAGGCUCUCAACCCGCUUUCCCAGGAUCCGUUGCUAGUAUGGAACUACGUCGUCUUUGCCAUUCUCUCAGGUGUUGGUGGCAUACUGUUCCUGUGGCAGUUCUGGGGUCUGGACAAGGAGGAGGAUGAGCUGAACAACUUGCCAGCGGGUCAUGUUAUGGCUGAUGAGAAGGCUGCGGAGGGUUUGUUUGUGGCGGCCGAGGUGACUCCUGCUAAGGGAUGA